AAGUAAGGCCCCUAAUCGACUCUCAAAUCUCAUUGCUUGAGAACGUCAAGUCAAAUCUCUGGCUAAUCUUUUCUUUUCAGGAUCCCUCAUUAAACAAACUUUUUUUGUAACAUUCAUUUUCCAUGAUGCUUGAUAAGGUUUCCAUGAUGCUUGAUAACUAAAUGUGAUUCAGCAUUGGCUUUUGAUUCACAUUUUGGUUGCUCCUCAUUCACUUUGGCUAGAGAAACAACCAUAGGUAAUCGAAAGCCAUUGCUAAGCUAGGGAUCCAAUAAUCCUUAGGACUAGGAUAAUCAACCUUAUCUAUUCAACAGCCACUGAAAGUAACGGGGAAACAACCACCCUCGAACCCGUGACUUAUGCCCCUGAGGAGGCCUUAUACAAAAUCACAACCGACUACCAUUGGCCGACGUUCAAUCUCAAUGCUACUCAAACGGUGGGUGACUGGACCCCUGGGAAAGGACUUGGCUAUGGGCCCUUUGGUUUUGGCACCUCUGUUAAAUUUGGACCGGAGACCUGCAUGGUGGAUUCGAGUUUUGUUAUCCCAGGGGACGAAUGUCAAGUGAAUCCCUUGUACUGCAACGAUGGAUUGUCUUUCUCCAUCUGGGAAAAGAUCACUUACGAUAGCAACAUUCUCCUUGACACUGGUGAGGGCGCCCAAUCUAAGAAGUACAUCAUCAGUAGUGGAGCAGAGUAUGAUCCCGUUACCGGCAGAGCCUACCCCGGAUUUGCCAUCUAUCACCAAGGUGUGGAUUUGGUGGACGUGGUUAGCACCGGUGAAGAAGUAUGGGAACUACGCGUGACGGGUCAACUUCACAAUGACACUUGGCAUAACAUCGGGAUACGUUUCACCAAGCCCGAUCUCACGGAUACUAAAACUCCCAUGCACAAAUUGGGAGGCUUGGAACUCUUUGUCAACCUGGAACGGGUGGGACAUUCGCUUCUACCCGAGUUCACAGAGGCGGGGUCCUCGAGCUUUAGCCCGGUCGAAGGAUAUACCAUCAACGGAUCACCACCCCCGGUCAUCAUGGUUGGGUGUCAUUAUGAUCAUGCCAAUGCGAAAUUUGAUCAUUUCUCGGGAGCGGAAUUUGACGAGAUCGCACUUUGGUCCCGGAAACUGGGAACAAAUGCCACUCACGACGAGACGAUCUUCUUUUUCGGUGGUUUUGAAGCCGAAUUCACCAAGGUUAAUCCACAGCAGUUCAAGGCUCUCCUCAACAAUGCGGACCUGGCAAAUGACCACGAAGCUGAGAUUGCCAAUGAGAUCUUGGAGGCUAUGCUGCUCACACAACCCACAACCGUCCCACCCAUUCCAACUCGAACCACAGUGGUAGGUGGGAACGGAUCCGCAGGCGGAGGUACAAGUCCAUCCACCGCAAAAGAUGCUAAGACCACCACAGAUCCUAAUGCCAAAACCACCACGAGCGCGAGAAGUAGAUUUGAUACGGCAAAAUCCAUGUUGGCCCUGCAAAAUGUGAUGAGCACAAUGCUGAACGUGGACAAAGUUUCUGGUAUUAAAUCACCAUCUCGAGUGGAAGCGAGAUUCCCUUUGGCGAUUGUAGCCAGUAAGAUUGUGGCCGGAAGCACUGCUAAUAUCGACAAAUGGAACGCAGUCUACGAAGAGUACCCGGAAAUGGAGGGAGCUCCUCGCACCAUUCGAGAGCUUCAAGAGUACAUGGUGGCUUGGGUGGGAGCCACGAACACCUCGAGUGAUGAGGCCACGAACUUCUUCAAGCCAGACAGAGAUGCCAUGGAAUACGCCACUUCCGGAGAGGAUUUCGUCAUGAAUGCACACAAAUUACCGCCUAAGGAGUUCCGACGCGAGAUUAGACUUCGAUAUCCGAAAUACGAUGGAUUGGAAUGGCUGGUUAACAAGGGUAAAUGGCCAAAUGCGAAAGAUUCAUUUACCAUACCGACCGGGAUGUUUAAAAACCAGGAGGGUUGCAAUGAUAUUCCGGUCUCGUUUGUGACGAGCAUUUUCAACAACUUGGCGAAAGUCUUCCCGAGAAAAAGAAAUCCUGCUCAUAUCCGUGGCGAUGAUUGGGAGGUGGAUAGUAAGGUCAUUACGGUUAAUGUGGGAGCUUCUGUGGAUUCAGCUGACUACGACGAAGCCGAUUUGGAAACCGUCAAACAAUGUCGAGCGGACCCAGAUUAUAUGAGAGAAAACCCAAUCCGAGCCACUUUCUAUCAUAAGGAAGCUUCCUCGGCUCGAUUGCAAUCUCGACACCUCACCUCAACAUGGUUUUCCUCUACCAAUCGCGAUGGAAUCGAAGUUCGACAUUGUGUCUGGUGGAACGAAGGGUUCGGCUCAUCAGGAGCUUGGGACCCGGUGGAAUGCAAAGUCGUGGAAACGAGUGACGAAAAGACCACGUGCGAAUGUCACGAGUUCGGCUCAUUUGCCGUCAUUAGGGAGCUCUCACAGCCCAUAGAAAUUGACGACGACUGUUUCAUUCUCCAGGUCUUAAAGUACAUUGGCAUUGGAUUCAGCGUCAUUCUUCUCUCUGGCAUGAUUCUGGUAAUUGUGGGCUCCAAAAAGGUCUGGGAUAUGUUCCAUGUUCUCAGAAUGAACAUAGGAAUUUGUUGGAACUUUGCCAUCUGCCUGCAUAUUCUAACCGAUUUCGACUCGAUCCGUGAUGAUGAGACUCCCAAUCUUGUGGUUGGUUUCCUCAUGAUGUAUUGCUACACGGCCUCAGCCAUUUGGACCUUCUGUGAAGCACAUGCCACCUUCAAAGCCUUCACUGCUGGAAUUAUCAGUGGAAGAACAAAGAUCUACUAUCCGUUGGCAUAUGGAGCUCCAUUCAUACCCUUGGGAGUGUUCUUCAUUCUCUACAAUGAGGACCUCGGUCUCGAUCCGAGAUGCUUCGUUGGCUGGAACGAUGAAGCCAAAGCGAUGUAUAUCUUGUUUAACGUGGGCGUUUCUGUGGCUGCGGUAGCUUGCGCUAUUGUAAUUCUCUUCAACAUGGCGAGACCGCAAACGAAACGAACCAAUGUGGUGAUGGAUCUUCGCUCUCAGGCCCAUGGUACAAUUUGGGUCUGCUUCAUAACCUUAUUUCUUUGGAUUUUCGCCGGGAUUACGUACCUCCACGAUCGAGAAGGUGACCAACCUGAUCCUUAUUGCGUAUUUUCCGUUCUCUUGGGCUGGUUUGGAGUGAUCUUGUUCCUACUUUUGGGGGUGGCCUCAAGGAAAUUUCGCCUAGGGGUGAAGAGCAGGCAAAAGCCCAAGAACAAUAUCGACGAAAGCCAUGUGGUUUCUGACCAGACUAUAGAGGAAUCCAUUCCUGAAGAACAAGGAGCAGAUGGCAUUCCUGAAGACACAGGCGAUCCAGAAUCCGCUCAUGAAUCCGAGGACGACAACAACAUCGAAAAUGACGAAGAAGCACAAUGGGACCAACCGGAUCUGCCCAUUCCAGAAGAGGCGUAAAGCCUCUGCAUCAUUUUGCACUUGAACGAAUUAUCUAAACUGAACCAGGAUGACCCCCAACCGAUAAAUGGACCUACAAAUACACUAUUAUGUUGAAGCAUGA